AUGCCAGAGAAACGAGAAGGAGAGUCUCACGAGGAACAAAUGGAUCGACCAAGCACCGAGAUUAUGUGGACGAAACCAGAUCCUGGGAUCCUAAAAAUCAAUGUGGAUGCCAGGUGGUCGGGGGAACAAGGUCAAGGAUAUGGCUUGGUGGUGCGCGAUCAUGAUGGUGAGUGUGCGUAUGCAGCAACCAGCUACUCUACGGUUCGGAUGCCGGCUUUGAUAGCGGAGGCUCAGGCAGUACGAUGGGCAAUACAAGAAGCACUAAGCCUUGAUAUGGAUUCCGUGGUGGUAGAAUCAGAUUCAUUGGAAUUUAUUUCCUGUUUUGUUUUUAUAUCUAAAUCAAUGACAUCUUUAUUACCGAUACUAGUUUUACUAUCAAGCACAACAUACUCAGCACACCCGGGGUCCGAGAAUCCUAUCAAGUCAGCUACGUUCUUAUCUGAAAAGUUUGAGAUAGGACCUGGAAGGAUUGUAGAGAAAGCAUUUAUAGAUAUUGAUUUUCCAAGGGGGCAUAUUGGAGUUAAGAGUUUUGAUGCUGAACUAGUUGAUGAAGAAGGGAAUUCCGUACCUUUGCAUGAAGCAUACCUCCAUCAUUAUUUCAUUUUAAAAUACUUAGCAAAAAAGAAUGUUUCACGCGACCCUAAGGAACAUUUUGUGGGUUCUAUUCCUGUAAGAAACGCAGGAACAUGCAACGGUAAUAUUCUUUCAUAUUUUUGGGCUAAGGGAGCUGAAUCACGAGGAACACCGUCAAACCUUUUAGACCCAUUUGCAUUGGAAUUAGGUAACCCUGCAUCUAUUCCAUCUGGAUAUGAAGAGAAAUGGCUCACUAACAUCAUGACCAUUGAUACACGUGGUGCAAUAAAUAAAGAAUCUUGCACACAGUGCACAUGUGAAGCUUACCACCUCCCAAAAGAUUUUUAUAACACAACAAGGGAUUUUAAAGGGAAACUACUGACACCUACUUAUAAAGGAGGAUUAUUUUGUUGCCAAAAUGGAUUUCAAUGCAAAUUGGAGAAAGGUUUUCAAGCCCCAACUAGAAAGUUUGCCCUAAGAUACAAUAUAACAUGGGUUGAUUGGAAUGAAUUCCAAGUUCCCGUUAAGUUUUAUGUACUUGAUGUGACCGAUCGAGUGACAAGAAAUGGCUCACAAACAAUCCAUGAUUGUCAGAUUGAUUAUAGUAUUCCAGCGACUAAUGAUGGUAGUAAGUAUCAUGUCGCGAAAGCUGACAUACCGAUAGAAAAAGGAGGUUAUCUCAUCUAUUGCACCUCUCAUAUGCAUGCAGGUGUUGUUAACGCAACUCUAUAUGGACAGGAUGGAAGGGCAUUAUGCACUUCAACACCAAAAUAUGGAACAGGAAUGGAACCAGGAAAUGAGAAAGGUUACGCUGUUGGAAUGUCUGUUACUUAUCCGGAACCCGGUUCAAUCAAGAUCAAGGAUGGUGAAACUUUAACUUUAGAAUCAAGAUAUGAAAGCGGAUUUCGCACAGGAGUUAUGGGACAAAUGUAUAUCUACACAGCAGAAAAACUACCACAAUGA